AUGAAAUUGUCCACAGGCAUAAAUCAAAAAGAUCAAGCUAAUACAACUUUGCUAAACAAUUAUGAUGUAGAAAUUGCUCAACUAUGUGAUGAAAAAAUUAACACAUUACAAAAACAAUUUAAUGCCAAUUCAGUCAAAGAAAAUGAACAACCAGUUUCACUUGUCUCUAGGCGCAAAAGAAAUCCAAUAUGCAAGCAAUGUAAUUUGAGAAAAGUUCAUUAUGACGAAAAUUCUGACCAGUGUAAAGACUGUUAUCGGGCUUCAUUACGAGCCUUAAGUGGAAACAAGUUACUAGAUAAUUUUAUCGAAUCAACACAAACCUUUCAUAAUGGUAGAAAUUAUUUAAAAUUAGAAUUUAUUUCAUAUGAUCAAUUUACUAACAUCGAAUACCUUGCUAAAGGAGGAUUUAGUGUAAUAUAUAAAGCAACAUGGGUUGAUGGGCCCAUUAUUCGUUGGAAUCCUAAAAAACAAAAAUACAAUAGAAAAGGAAAUUAUGAUGUUGUUCUUAAAGUCCUUAAUAAUUCUGAAAAAAUGGAUUCCGAUUAUUUAAAUGAGUGUAAAUUUCUUGUCUUGGUUGGAAAAAUUAAGACUAUUGCAAAACCGUUUUCCGAUCGUAAACAUGAUGGAUAUCUUAUUCUCGAUAUUCUUAAUGAUCUUCGUCCAAAAAUUCCAACCAACAUUCCACAAGAUUUUGUUGAAUUAAUGGAAUUGUGCUGGCAUUCAGAUCCCAAAAAAAGAUUUGUUUCGAACAGGAUUUAUCCAGAUUCGUUACAGUAUAAGCUUGGCGAGUUUCUUAGAAAAGCAGAAAAAGGAGAAAUAAAAUUUCCAGAAAAUAUAGAUACAAGUUUUUUACCAACUGAAGUAAAUGAGCAAGCAAUAUAUUCUAGUCGAUCAUUAAAUCCAUUAAUUAUUUAG